AUGACGUCGGCCACGAAGGUGUACUACAGCCAGACCACGCAGACCGACAGCCGCCCGCUCAUCGGCUCGGGCCUGCGCCGGCGCCGGGUGAUGACCAAGGAUGGCCGCAGCAACGUGCGGAUGGAGCACAUCGCCGACAAGCGCUUCCUGUACCUCAAGGACCUGUGGACCACCUUCAUCGACAUGCAGUGGCGCUACAAGCUGGUGCUCUUCUCUGCCACCUUCGCCGGCACCUGGUUCGCCUUCGGCGUCGUCUGGUACCUGGUGGCCGUGGUGCACGGGGACCUGCUGGAGUUCGACCCGCCGGCCAACCACACGCCCUGCGUCAUGCAGGUCCACACGCUCACCGGCGCCUUCCUCUUCUCCCUGGAGUCGCAGACCACCAUCGGCUACGGCUUCCGCUACAUCAGCGAGGAGUGCCCGCUCGCCAUCGUGCUGCUCAUCACCCAGCUGGUCCUCACCACCAUCAUGGAGAUCUUCAUCACCGGCACCUUCCUGGCCAAGAUCGCCCGGCCCAAGAAGCGGGCGGAGACCAUCAAGUUCAGCCAAAACGCCGUGGUGGCGCAGCACAACGGCAAGAUCUGCCUCAUGAUCCGCGUGGCCAACAUGCGCAAGAGCCUCCUCAUCGGCUGCCAGGUGACGGGCAAGCUCCUGCAGACCCACCUCACCAAGGAGGGCGAGAGCGUGCGGCUCAACCAGGUCAACGUGGACUUCCAGGUGGACACGUCGUCCGACAGCCCCUUCCUCAUCCUGCCCCUCACCUUCUACCACGUGGUGGACGACGCCAGCCCCUUCCGGGACAUGGCCCUGCGGACGGGCGAAGGCGACUUCGAGCUGGUGGUGAUCCUCAGCGGCACCGUGGAGUCCACCAGCGCCACGUGCCAGGUGCGCACGUCCUACCUGCCCGAGGAGAUCCUCUGGGGCUACGAGUUCACCCCCGCCAUCUCCCUCUCGGCCAGCGGCAAGUACGUGGCCGACUUCAGCCUCUUCGACCAGGUGGUGAAGGUGGCAGUGCCCUGCUGUGUCCACGAGACCGUGCGGUUCGGGGACCCCGAGAAGGUGAAGCUGGAGGAGUCCUUGCGGGAGGCGGCGGAGCGGGAGCGGGAGGGAGCGCCGCUGAGCGUCCGCAUCAGCAAUGUCUGA